AUGUCCAGACUACCUUCGUCAUUCCCACCAGUGCUGAUCCAAGUUCAGAACACCAUUGAUGAACAGCUCCUCCAACGUUUAAUUUCCUAUUCGUUGAACGUUGUCAAAACUUACCACGCUCUCCCAGUGAUAUUGGUCCUUCUCCAAUUAGCCUGCUUUUGGAUUUCAAAAAGGAGUCCGAGCAAAAACCAUGAAACCAUUCCGGACACUGAUCAUUACGCAAAACCGAUAAAUUCGCUUCUUGCCUUGUCACUCUUUCUGUCGGAGAACCAUACCAACAAAAUUUUUCAAUCGGCUGUGGAAACGAUAUGCUCAACGAACAAACGCUUCUUUGAAAGUAUUCUUGAUAAAGUCAAUUCAAAGGAACCACUCAACAAGAUUCGACGAAUUUGUGAAAAAGGUAUACUUUACAAUGAUGAAGUAAAGGCCAAAAUUGUAGAUAAUUCAGCAUCCUCACAGUCAUCGGAUAAAUUGGAUUUCCCUGAACCUUUACCCAUGGGACCACAAACAAAGCGAACACAUACAAUGGUGGACGAAGACAUUGAAUUUGUUGAAUCAUUCAAAAAAGAACAAAUUGGCCGUAUGAACUGGCAGUCUUGCUUAAAAGCCGGUCAUUCUCGCAAACUCCUUGAAUCAUACACUACUCGGAAAGCUUACGAGUCACGUCGCCUACUUACGUUUACGCUUACAUUUACGUUUAAUUUGCGUACGACCUUACGUUACUUUUCGCGUGCAUACAUGUAG